AUGUGGGUGUGCGCCCUGGUCCUGGGGGCCCUGCUCGGCCUCACAGGAGCCGCCUCCCCGACUACCAUCAAAAUCGGUCUGAUACUGGACGACGUCUCCAUGAUAAAUGCCACCGAAAUGACUGCCGCUGUGGCCGCUGUGAAUGGUGAUUCCGCUCUACUGGACAAUGUGACUGUGGCCAUGAACGUGGCCAAACAAUCAUCAAGCCAGUACUUCCACAAACAACUAUGUGACAUUGCCUCAAGUGGCGUCACGACCGCCAUCUCGGUGACACGCUGCAGGAACCUGCCAACCGUCAAAUCGAGCUUCAAUAAUUUCAACAUCCCUGUGAUCAACAUCGGACCGGAACCAUGUGACAUCGCAGACGACGCAGUGUUUGUUAAUGCCGAGUCGCAGCUUUCAGACAUAGCUGUCUUUGUCAAGGAUCUCGCGAUCAAGGCUGAGUGGACAAGGACCAAUAUUUUCUACGACUCAACCUUCAGCUCCACAACUCUAAACAAAGUACAGGGCUUGUUAACAACAGCUGGUGUAUAUGUUUCUCUCAUCAACCUCGACACCACUACCAACCUCGAGGCAACCAUGAGCAGUAUAUACAACAUCUAUGAGAAGUCGUACUGGAAGUACAUGAUCGCGGCAAGCCCUGCGAAUACGCUCAAUGUGCUCGACAAGGCCAAGAAAAAAGCCCUGCGAGAUAAGGACAAGGCUUGGAUGAUUAUCAACCCAGACGUCUCCUACACAAACAUCGAACCUCUCCUGGAUGUUCUCGAUAAUAUUGCCAUAAUCCGCAGAGUCAACCGCCAGGAAUCAUGGAUGUGUGAUACUGGCACUCCAGAGACGGCUUUGAAAGCCUUGGUAAAGACCGUGGCGGAGGGACACGAGGACCUCAUCGCUUCCGGAAGCUGGACGGACCAGACGGUGUCUAACUGUGCUGGCACCUGGUCCAUGGGAGAUGAACUAAUGGCUUUCACGAAGGCAAAGAUCGCAGCAGUGGCAUCGGAUUGCGCCAACUACACCCAGUACGAGGCGAGAUCGACCAUCAUGGGCGAAUCUGUCAUGACGUUCAAACGAUCGGCCAAAUGGAAUAGCGUCCAAGGGAUGACAAUGACAGAGAAACUAGUUUUCCCAAACAAGUACAACGGGUUUAACCGCAAAUUGUUUAAAGUGUCAACUUUACCGUAUUCAUUCUUUAUGCAGAAGACAGUUCAUGAGAAUGGGACGGUCGAAUACUGGGGUUUGAACCACGACAUCUUGGUCAUCAUGGCCAAAAACCUCAAUUUCACGUUCACGUACUCAGAACCCGCGGACCAGUACUGGGGUGCCCCCGACACCAAUGGUGAAUGGAAUGGAAUUAUUCGAGAACUCAUUGAUAAGAGUGUUGACCUAGCCGCGGCAACUCACAGCAUCACCGCAAGCCGGGCUCUGGUGGUCGACUUUGCUGAUGCCUACUACUUUGAGCCUUCCGUCAUUAUGGUAAAAAACCCCGGCGCUGGCAGCAGGCUGACAGUCUACAUCGAACCACUACACAAAUGGGUGUGGCUGUGCAUGUUCGCCAGUAUUCCCAUCCUAUCAUUCAUAAUGUGGCUCUUGAUGAAGUACUCGCCAUUCUACACGAACCAGGACCAAGAGGAGUAUAUGGAGAGCGUCAACCUAAUGCGACCCGGACCGUGCUUCUGGUACAUCUUUGGCGCCCUUUGGCAGCAAGGUGGUGUUGACAUGCCUAAGGCCAUGAGCACCCGAUUCAUUCUGCUCGUUUGGUGGCUCUUUGUCGUUGUCAUCCUGGCCACCUACAGCGGGAACCUAAUCGCCUUCUUGACUGUCACAAAGGUAUGA